CUUUACAAACAUUUACAGAAACGUAUCAUGGUGCGCUUUUUUAUGAGGUUGACUAGUUGAGGUUAGAUUUUGAUUGGCUAUGGCUGUAGAUUCGCCUGCCCUUGCAAUUCGCUCUAGCGUGGGAAUAGAACUGUGGGCUUCGUCUGGCUCGAAACAGCCUUACGAGCACAAGUCGAAUUUACCACGAGAGGAGACGAAAAAUUCUCGAUCAAUUUCAUUCAGCCCAGAUGGCCGCUAUUUUGCCUAUUCAAAUGGACAGGAGGUUAAGGUAUUGCAAACCGCCAACUGGCAAUUGCAGUGCACGCUGCCACGUCCCAAGGCAUUCUAUUUAAAAUUCUCACCGCGUGGCAAUUAUCUGUGUACAUGGGAACUGUAUGUGAUUACCAAGGACAUUCCCGAGGGAUCGCCGAAUAUGUUCGUGUAUGAAAUAGCCACCGGCAAGCAAGUAUUCAGCAUUGUGCAGAAAAAACAAACUGAUUGGGAACCCUCAUGGUCAUCGGACGAGGGCAUUUUCGCUAUCGUUGUGGGUGGGGAAUCACUGUUCUAUGAUUUGUCACAGGGUGUAGAAGGCUUUAAUGCUACCACCAAGAAAAUCGGUGGUAGCAAAGGUGGCAUACUAUCGGUGGGACCCGGUAGUAGUCCACCAUUUAUUGCCAUAUAUACACCGGGAGCCAAAGGUGCACCAUCCAUGUGCAAGUUGUACAAGUAUCCGGCAUUGGCACAAAAUCAAACAUUGGCAUGCAAAAGUUUCUUCAAUGCGGAUCGCGUUGAAAUGAUGUGGAAUAAACGUGGAACCGGUCUGCUAUUGUUAACCAGUACCGAGGUGGACAAGACCGGCGCAUCGUACUAUGGUAAUCAAGCUUUGCAUUUCUUGAAUACCAAGGGCGAUUCGUGUUCGGUGCCACUGUCCAAGGAAGGUCCAGUGCAUUGCGUCAAAUGGAGUCCCAAAGCAACGGAAUUUGUCGUUGUCUAUGGUUAUAUGCCAUCGAAGGCAGCUUUGUACAAUUUGAAAUGCGAUGUUAUAUUCGAUUUCAAGGAAGGUCCACGCAAUUGUGCCUAUUUCAAUCCAUUUGGAAAUCUAGUCGUUUUAGCUGGUUUUGGAAACUUACCUGGCAAUGUGGAAAUCUGGGAUGUUAAAAUGAAGGAAAUGAUAGCCAAUAUCAAAUGUCCCGAUACUACUCAUUUUGAAUGGAGUCCUAAUGGAGAAUAUUUUGUAACAGCCACAACUGCUCCUAGACUACGCAUAGGAAAUGGCUUCAAAGUCUACCACUAUUCGGGGGCCCUCAUGCACGAAACAAUUUGGCCUCAAGGUCAGGAGUUAUUGGCCGUUGAAUGGCAACAAUUUGCCGAGAAUACUUUUACGGAACCGAUCAUAACCAAGGCCAAGCAGGAGGGUAUCAAAUCAAGUCAACCGGAAGCCAGCAAAAAGGUGUAUACACCACCACAUUUGCGUGGUGGCAAUAAUGUUGACAAAAUUAUACAGCCACAAAGCACCAUACCAGGUCUACCACCAGGUUAUUCUUCCUCACAAGCCAACAAUAAGAAACAAGGUGCUCAAAAGUCACAACAACAUCAUCAACAACAACAACAUAACAAUAACCAACAACAGCAGCAGCAACAACAAAAUCAGGCAAACAAGAAACGUAAUAACUUUGAUAGAACUAAGGCAAGAAGGGAAUCCAAAGGUGAGGGAGGAGCAGGAGGAGCCGCUGGUAACAAUAAUCAAUCGCCUCAAGUUAAUUUGAAUCAAAAUAAUGCUGGUGCUGCUGCAUCAUCGCCCUCAAAUGGCGAGGCUACUGUUGCUCAAGGCAAUCAACAACAAGAUGAAAAUGGACAACAGCGUCCACAAAAUAAGCGCAAUCCUAACAAUCGUCGCCAACAGCCACAUCAACAACAAUAUCAACAAAGACGGCAACCAAACAACAAUCAGCAUAACAAUGCUACCAAUAAUGAGAAAUCCCAUGAGAACAAUGUUUCGGAGCAACACCAAGACAAAGCAGGAAAUCAGGGAGGAGGCGGAGAACAACAACAACCACAAACUGCCCAACCGCAACAACAGCCAUCGAAAAAGGCUGCCAAUCCGGAGAAAGACAAGAAAAUCCGUAAUGUUGCCAAAAAAUUGUCCGAUAUCAAAAAGUUGAAGGUUCGCCAAGAACAGGGAGAAGUCUUGGAAUUAAAUCAACUCAAUAAAAUCGCUAUGGAAGCCAAGUUUUUGGAAGAAUUGAAAGCUUUGAAAUUGUCUAACUAA